AUGCUGACCUUUGAAGUGACGCCAUCGGAAUGGGUGGUCUUCCACAAUGACAAGGUCUAUCGCGUAAAGGACAGAAAGUUCGUUGACAAUGGAAAGAAUAUUCGGAGUGUUUUCCCCAGAGGUCCUGGAUUCGUAAACGCCACCACAACGUCCGAUAAACUAGUACUGUUGUUUGCCGAGAGAGCCAUCUACGGCUACGAGUACGAUGGUGUCAGAUUCAAUGAAGCACGCGGUUAUCCGAAAGAAUUGCACGAUCUUGUGCUGUUUUACCCACAAGCUGCAUUCCCGUUGACAAAUGGAAGUGUCGUCCUUCUAUCGGGUAAUGUGUUCGCAACAUACAAUGUACCAGACAACAGGCCAACGAUCCUGAACGACAAGACCAGAUAUUUCCCGAAUCUCCCUGAUGAGCUGCGCUCGGGUGUUCCGAAAGAUCCACGAAGCGAAGAGGCCUACUGGAUGUUCGACGAGAAAACGGUUUCCGACUACGACAUGCCCUCGAAGCAAGUAUUGCAAAUUGAAUCGAUCGAUGAUUUCUUCAAGUGCUAG